UCCCAGCAGCUCCUGCCAGAGGAGCCCAAUGAGGGAGUCUCAGCUCUGCCAAGUGUAACCACCUCGGAGCCUUCUGCAGUCCGGCUGGGGCGGCUUCCAAGACUCCUGUGGGGGCCCGGGAGGUCGGAGAUGGGGCCUCUCCAGGCAGAGGGCAGGCUGGCCCUAGGGGAGACCGAUGCGGCCCCAAGGCUGAGUCCAGUUGGGGUCUGGUCUCCCCCUCAGCCCCACAAGGAGCCGGCCCUACGCGACAUGGGGCUGCCACUGCCCAAGAAGACGGGGCCCAUUCUCUGCCUGUGGAGAAAGUUCUGCAGAUGGUUCCAGAGACAGGAGUCCUGGGCCCAGAGCCGAGACGAGCAGAACCUGCUGCAGCAGAAGAGGAUCUUGGGGUGUCCUCUCCUUCUAGCUGCCAAAGAGAAUGACGUCCAGGCUCUCAACAAGCUGCUCAAGUAUCAGCCCUGUGAGGUGCACCAAAGAGGAGCCCUGGGGGAGACGGCGCUGCACAUAGCGGCCCUCUACGACAACCUGGAGGCGGCCACGCUGCUGAUGGAGGCUGCCCCGGACCUGGUCUCUGAGCCCAUGACCUCUGAGCUCUACGAGGGCCAGACUGCGCUGCACGUGGCCAUCCUGAACCAGAACGUGAACUUGGUGCGAGCCCUGCUCGCCCACGGGACCAGCAUCUCUGCCAGAGCUACGGGCUCAGCUUUCCGCCACAGCCCCCACAACCACGUCUACUUUGGGGAGCACCCUCUGUCCUUCGCUGCCUGCGUGGGCAACGAGGAGAUCGUGCGUCUGCUCAUCGAACACGGAGCGAACAUCCGGGCCCAGGACUCCCUGGGAAACACAGUGUUGCACAUCCUCGUCUUCCAGCCCAACAAGACCUCUGCCUGCCAGAUGUACAACCUGCUGCUGUCCUACGACGGGCGCGGAGGCCGCCUGCAGCCCCUGGACCUCGUGCCCAACCACCAGGGCCUCACCCCCUUCAAGCUGGCGGGCGUGGAGGGCAACACUGUGAUGUUCCACCACCUGAUGCAGAAGUGGAGGCACAGCCAGGGGACGUUUGGGUUGACGACCUACACCCUCUACGACCUCACGGAGAUCGAUUCCUCCGGAGAUGAGCCGUCGCUGCUGGAACUCAUCGUCACCACCAAGAAGCGGGAGGCUCGCCAGAUCCUGGACCAGACGCCGGUGAAGGAGCUGGUGAGCCUCAAGUGGAAGCGCUACGGGCGGCCCUACUUCUGCCUGCUGGGCGCCUUGUACGUCCUCUACAUCAUCUGCUUCACCAUGUGCUGCGUCUACCGCCCCCUGAAGCCCAGGACCGACAACCGCACCCAGCCCCGGGACAACACCCUCCUGCAGCAGAAACUCCUUCAGGAGGCCUACGUGACCCGCCAGGACGCCAUCCGACUGGUGGGGGAACUGGUGACGGUCGUCGGAGCUGUGAUCAUCCUGAUCGUAGAGAUUCCAGACAUCUUCAGGGUGGGGUUCAUGCGCUUCUUCGGACACACCAUCCUCGGGGGGCCGUUCCAUGUCCUCAUCAUCACCUACGCGUGCACGGUGCUGGUCACCAUGGUGAUGAGGCUCACCAACACCAGCGGGGAGGUGGUGCCCAUGUCCUUCGCCCUGGUGCUGGGCUGGUGCAACGUCAUGUACUUCGCCCGAGGGUUCCAGAUGCUGGGCCCCUUCACCAUCAUGAUCCAGAAGAUGAUCUUUGGUGACCUGAUGCGAUUCUGCUGGCUGAUGGCCGUGGUCAUCCUGGGCUUUACCUCAGCCUUCUAUAUCAUCUUCCAGACAGAGAACCCCGACGAGCUGGGGCACUUCUACAACUACCCCAUGGCGCUGUUCAGCACCUUUGAGAUGUUCCUCACCAUCAUCGACGGCCCCGCCAACUACGACGUGGACCUGCCCUUCAUGUACAGCAUCACCUACGCUGCCUUCGCCAUCAUCGCCACCCUGCUCAUGCUCAACCUCCUCAUCGCCAUGAUGGGCGACACUCACUGGCGGGUGGCUCACGAGCGGGAUGAGCUCUGGCGGGCUCAGGUUGUGGCCACCACGGUGAUGCUGGAGCGGAAGUUGCCUCGCUGCCUGUGGCCUCGCUCUGGGAUCUUUGGGGGAGAUUACGGCCUGGGGGACCGCUGGUUCCUGCGGGUGGAAGACAGGCAGGACCAGCAGCGAGUCCGGCGCUACGCACGGGCCUUCUACAACCGGGGCUCCUACGACUUGGAUAAGGACUCAGAAAAACUGCAGCCGAGCCGCCCCUCUGGCCCCAACCUGCCCCUGCCCACCCCCUCGGUGUCUCGAAGCACCUCCCGGAGCAGCACCAACUGGGAGAAACUUCGGCAAGGGGCCCUGAAGACAGAACUGAGGGGCGUGGUUAACAGGGGUCUGGAAGAGGAGAGCUGGGAGUACCAGAUCUGAGCGUGUGUGUUCCCAGCAGUCGCGCUCAUGUUCCUGGGAACAUUCCAAAACCCAAACCCAAAAUAUCGAGCAGUCUAACCCCCCCAGGUCAAGGGGGAAAGGAGUAGCAUAGUUGGGAACAGCUGUGCCCAGCUGGGUCUCUGCUUUUCGCUCAGCUCUGGAGCCAACGGCAGGCCACGAGGUGGCUGGCCCCGCCUCUUUGGCUUCAAUGGAGUCCGCUGCACUGUCAGAGCAAAGCACUUUAAAGACAGGCUUGCCACCUCUGCGCCCCGUCUCCACCCAGGAGUCCAAGUGGGAGGGGCGAGCCCUGCCCGGUGUUCCAGGGAGUUCUGGGGAGGCUGGUGGAGCGAGGGCGUGAGUAAGGGGACCAACACCACCCUGGGGUGGGGUGAUGCUGGCUGAGUCUUGUCACCUUCUACCUUCCAAUAAAUGGUUCCCUACUCUGC